AUGUCAACAAUCGGCACAACAACAAUUCAAACAACAGCACCAAACUCGUUAGUCAUGAAUCCUACGUCAAUGUUAGUAGAGAUGAAAAGCUUCAUUCCUUCUUCAUAUACUUUUGAAACAGAAAUCCAGAAGAUAAAGCAAGAACUUUUAACAUGUAAUUUAGACUUUAGUGCGAAAGAUGAAACAAAUGAACAGUAUCUUUAUGAAAUGCAGGACCUCAUCGACCAUUUACCCAAACUACCUGAAAUCCAACAACAAAAACUCACUAUUCCUGAAUUCGAUGAAAUAGAAGUGAAACCAACUGA